GGCCCGCCCCCGUCGCUCUCCGUACAUGGAUCGGUCUGCUCAAGAGAGCUCGAGCAUCAGAGAGAGCUCGGAGUGGAAACAGGAAGAGGAGGAGAGGGAGAGAGGGGGAAGAAAGAAAGACAGAGAGGAGAGAGGUUCGGGUGAGACAAGGUGGCGAGGAGUGAAAGGGAGGAAAAGGGGAGCAGAGAGAGGGGCCGAAGGGAAGGAGGAAGGAAGACAAAAAAUAGAGCUAGCGGAGGAUGAGCGUGUCUAUUUAAAGGGACUGCACGGGUCUGCCGGCUUGCUAUUCCUGACUGACAGCAUCAUUGGAUUUUUGGACCAGAGUCUGUCUCCCCCCUUUUCUCUCAGUGCUCAUUGCAAGGUGUGAAGUGGAGGGCCUUCCAAACACAGACCAAGACUGGCUGCAUGUAUCACCCCGCAGAGCUGUACUCUGGCCGUAACACAUGGGACUCCUAUCCAGCUGGAGGACCUAACCGAGGACAAUGGGCUCCUGUAAACGGUCGCCCCUGGAGCCACACGGAAAGAUGCCAAGAAGGGCGCAAUCAAUCACAUCAUCCACCACCAAGUCGACUUUAUAAUAGGGGGGAGAGAGCAGCCAACCAUGUCCAGGACAAGGGCAUCUCUAAGGGGCACAGGCAGCCUCUACGUCUCUGGGAUGGCAAAGAGCAGCCGUUUGAGGCCCAGAACUGGCAGCACAACUCCGCACGCUCAUUCCACAACAGAGCUGGCACCAGCAACGGUUAUCUAACGGGACCGGGAGAGCGCUACGCAAACUGGGACAACAAUGUCAGCAACUCUGUGCAUGGGGGUCCUCGCUUGCAUCGCAACAACAGAGAGCUCCAGCCCCCGCCAGAAAGAUGGGCCCCCUCAGACUGCCGCAGGAGCUUUCCUGGCAGAAUGAUGAACAACAGACCAGGACCCUGGAAACGGCCAGCCCUCCACCAGCGGCGAGACCAGCUGCAUCAGCACAGUCCACCCCCACAGCACCCGUUAUCCCCUAGGGAAGAGUGUCCAGCCAAGAGGAGAAGGGACUCUGGCCCUGAUCAGUCAUCUCAUCCUGGAUCAAGGCAUUUACCUUUACUUGCCCACGCCCCUUCACCACCUCGCCACCACCGCUGCAACCAAGACGACUGGAAGCCUCUUAAUGACAGGGCGGGUCAUUGCCACCACUCUGACCACAGGACCUCAACACAGCAACAGGAAACCUCUAAACUGCGGGCUGGAGGACACGGCUUCAGUAACGGUCACGUGGCGGCUCCGAACCAGAAUUGUGACAGCAGACCACCGCAUCAUGGAAGCAGGGGGAAGGUGGACCGGAAAAUGUCGUCGUCACCAGCAGACCACACUCGUGUGCCUUACAGCCACCAAAACCACCAUUACCACUAUCAACGGCACACAGGCCACCCCAGAGACCUACAGCACAACCCGCCGCUGCACCUUGUCGAGGAAAAGGACUCGCGGAGCCAUCACCACAAACAAAGCACAGAACCUCAGCGCACUCAUCAAAGGGGGAUAUCAAGGGAUCCAGCCCUCUCCAAGUCUUCUGGUGCAGACUCUCCUCCCUAUUCAUCCCUCCUCUGCAGCCUGAAAGAUGGAGGUUCUACUGCCAGCAGUCCACGUGCUCCUUCCAGUCCCUCUUUAUACACGAUGGCCAGUGGCAGAAAAGAUCCAUCAAUCGUUCGUCAAUGUAGCCCCGGCCUCAGUGGACAGCAGAAACUCCAGGGGAGCCCUAAUCACACCCUUAGACCUAGCCUGACAUCCACCACGUCGAUCACAUCUCACGCUGGUCCAAAAUCCAGGUUUUCAGACGUCAAUUAUAGAAAGACCUUGUCGCAGCCCCUCUUCUCACGACAGUCCCCCCACAGCAGAUCAAGAGCAAACAAGCCCGAGAAGGACUCGGAAGAACACAAAAAACCUGAGAAGCUGGUGAAAAAGGAGAGAAAGGGUGAAGAGAGAAAGAGGCGGAAGAAAAAAGAGGAAAAAAGGUUGGCUGAGAGAAAAAGGAAGAGGGAUAAAGCGGCAAAGAGGGAAAGGAAGUUAGGCUUGAAAACUAAAGUCACAGAAAAGGGAAUGUUUACUUCCGUCUCGACUUCCAACUUUUCAGAAGAGGCCAAAAUGUGUAAAAUGGAGACUCUGUCCCCAGAGAAUCAAGGCCAGCCGCCGCCCAAACACAAGCACAGGGAGAGGAGUGAACGAGCGGAGAGGACACACAGGCCGUCCACAAAUACCCCUCAUCCCAGCUGCGCUUCAUCACAGCCAUCCUCGAGAUUUGAAAAUCACAAAAUGCGCAAGAAGAACGGCAAUCCCCCAAAACUCCCCGUCAGGGAACAACUACUACAGUCCCUUCCCAGGAACACCAGCCACAACCAGACCAGAAAGAGGCCCACUGCUGUCUCAUCCCGAUCAGGAGCGAAGCCCAACGACACGCUACCCUCCCUUUUAUACAAAGCCUUAGUCCCUCUCAGUAGAGCAUGUUCUAUUAGCUUAGAGCGGCACAUCCAUGGCAAAGAAGGUGGGCAGGGAGGGGUUCUCAACGCUCCAGACCUGCAGCCUGAGGGAAAUUUGAGGGAAAUGGGAGACAACCUUUCGAACACUCCUCCUGUUCUCAGCUGGCAGGGCUCCCCAGUAUCAUCUCUGGGAGAAGAUGAAGAGGAGCUAGAAAAGGGAGUGAUGAGUAGACCUGUCCUCCAGCCCAGCCCCACCCAGUGCUUCUCUCCUCCUCCUCCUCCUCCUGUCGACAGUGACGGCACUGACGAUAUGAAUAAGGAGCCUUGUGAAGGUACGCCGACUAUUUAUUCCCCCGAUGACAUGUCUGAACUCCGCGAUCUGCCUCGUGCAAUAGAACAAGUCUCCGAGGAAGAAAAGGAAAAAGAGGUGGACAGCAGUAGGGGAACUUCUGGCUCUCUUCUCCGUGAGCUUCGUCACCAUAAAACAGGUCUGGAUGACGUCUUCAAGAGCCUGGCCACCUUCCUCGGAGGCCAGAGGGUCACGUGUCGAGGUGGUCCAUUCGGAGGGCCUCCUGCUGGCGCCACCAGAGGAGUGAAGUACUCCUCUUCUCUUGAGUUGGGGCCAGAGAUUCAUGAGCAUCAGGAUUUCUCCCCCAAAACAGACCCUACUACAGCAUCCUCCAAACCCGGUAAUCAGGCACCGACUCACACUACCUCAAACGUAUGUUUGAAAUCCCACAGUCCGACACAUCUGAGGGAGCCUGACGCGGAUGCCCCGAUGCAGGAGAAGCGGGAAGAAACUGAGAACGACGUCAAAGAGAAACAAGAGAGUAAGGAUAUGGAGAUCCUCUCUGAGAGAACAGAGUCAUCUCUUUUGGACGGGUCACUGAGCGCACAGCUGAGACUGACCACAACACACACGGCCUCGUUCACCAGCCUCAUUACUGUCUCUACCAAGGAAGAGAGAGGACACAGCGAAGAGACGGAACGCAUAGGUACAGACAGGAAGAGAAAACAAAAGGCUAAGGACGAAGUGGGUGAAGGAGAGAUCAAGAUUAAGAUACAGACGGAAGAAAGCAGCGUCAUCUGUUCUAAAAACAAAGCAAACGAAAUAAGGGAUUUGGAAGAAAGGGAUGUUUCCUCCUCGGUGCUCGUCAUCUCCAGAAAGUCGCCCAAGCCUCUCAGAGAUGGUACGAAGGGCCAGCUGCCUCAGGAAAAUCAACCCCCACAUGGCAAACACAUCCAAAAAGAAAAACUGGACACGGGGAACGCCGACGUAAAGAUAAUAGCAGACAAGAAGGAAGAGUCAGAAAGUAAGAUAUCCUCGGCACCCGGCAACACAAACACCAAGACCUCAAGCUCAGCUUCCACUGUAACAAUCAACACGUCCAAAAUAUGUGUGCCCACACCAGCAAGUAAACCUCCCUGCUCAGUAGCUCCGGUUGACCCGCUGAAACUGAAAGCAUUGUCCAUGGGCUUGUGUAAGGAGCUGAAGAUCCUCUUAUUUAAAGUGGAGAGCGCCGGAAGACAAACGUUCAACAUAUCGGAGGUGGAGGAGCGAAGAAUCCCUCUUUCCAAGAUCAGCAUCGAAAACACGGGCGCUGAAGUGGUCAGAGCUUGCAAGGGGACGAGGGUGAAGGGGAAAUUCAAGGAGUCCUUCCUGCUUCCGGCCCUCUCUGUUAAACCUAACAUCAACUCCGACAUCCCCAUUCCUCGAGAAAAGCUCAACCCUCCUACACCGAGCAUCUAUUUGGAGAGCAAGAGGGACGCCUUCUCUCCGGUCCUGCUUCAGUUCUGCACCGAUCCCAAAAAUGCGGUCACUGUCAUCAGAGGCCUUGCUGGUUCCCUCCGUCUGAACCUUGGUCUGUUCUCUACCAAGUCUCUGGUGGAGGCCAAUGCGGAGCAUGCAGUGGAGGUGAGGACUCAGGUUCAGCAGCCCGCUGAUGAGAACUGGGAUCCCAGUGGAUCGGCGCAGACAUGGCCCUGUGAAAGCAGCCGCUCGCACACCACCAUUGCCAAAUACGCUCAGUACCAGGCCUCCAGCUUCCAGGAGAGCCUGCAGGAGGAGAAGGAGAGCGAGAAUGAAGACGAAGAAGAGCAGUCUUCAGACACAACAGCCGCCACCAAAGCUGCUCUAACAUUAGACAACAUUAAAGGUGGUCCUGCCUCGACCGCCAUGAAAGCCAAUUCUGCUACCGUCUUCAACAAAGCCCAAUCUGUUCAGGCCAACGGCACACCCAGCUCCGAGCAGAAAACAGGCGGAAAGGUCAUUAAAUUUGGGACCAAUAUUGAUCUCUCUGACCCUAAACGGUGGAAGCCCCAACUGCAGGAGCUGCUGAAGCUGCCAGCUUUCAUGCGUGUGGAGUCCAGCAACAACAUGCUCAGUCACGUCGGUCACACCAUCCUGGGCAUGAACACCGUCCAGCUCUACAUGAAGGUGCCAGGCAGCCGCACGCCAGGUCAUCAAGAGAACAACAAUUUCUGCUCUGUCAACAUCAACAUUGGGCCCGGUGACUGUGAGUGGUUCGCUGUCCACGAGCACUACUGGGACGCUAUCAACAAAUUUUGUGAGAAGCAUGGAGUAGACUACCUUACAGGGUCCUGGUGGCCAGUCCUGGAAGACCUCUACAGCUCCAACAUCCCUGUGUACCGCUUCAUUCAGAGGCCGGGAGACCUGGUGUGGAUUAAUGCGGGGACUGUGCACUGGGUCCAGGCGGUGGGCUGGUGCAACAACAUCGCCUGGAAUGUGGGCCCACUCAACUCAUACCAAUAUCAACUCGCCCUGGAACGCUACGAGUGGAAUGACGUGAAGAAGGUUAAGUCAAUCGUUCCCAUGAUCCACGUUUCCUGGAAUGUGGCACGCACCAUCAAGAUCACCGACCAGGAUACCUACAAGAUGAUAAAACACUGCCUGAUGCAGUCCAUCAAGCACAUCCAGAUUCUGAGAGAGCAGCUCUUGGCUGCAGGGAAGAAGAUCUGCUACCAGAGUCGCGUGAAGGACGAGCCGGCCUACUACUGCAACGAGUGCGACGUGGAGGUGUAUGACCUGUUGCUUGUGACCAGUGAGAACAGCACUAAGAAGAGCUACGUGGUGCACUGUGAGGACUGUGCCCGAGCUAAGAGCCCAUCGCUGGCAGGUGUAGUGGUGCUGGAACAGUAUCGGAUGGAGGACCUGACUAGAACCUACGACACCUUUACACUGGCUCCAUCACCCCUCUCAAAGUGAGGACUCCUCCCUGGUGUCUUUCAGCCAUAACCAAAACUCUAAUGGCAGCACAAAUGUUGUCUUAAAAGGCAAUCUAUUCCUGCAAACAUUCUCUGAAUCAGCCAAUCACGUUUACUCAGUAUUGUUUACAUCACACAAUAAGGUAUGGAUACUCAGCCAAUCCAACUAUAGCUCACUGUCUUCCCCAUACCAGCUGCUGAUUGGACGUGUGUUUUGAAAUAGAAUGACUAGAAUGGUACUUCUCAUGAAAAGCAUUUCAGAUAUGUACACAAGGAAAAAAAAAAAAAAAAAAAACGUGAGCACUGCUAGCACUGAAAAUCAGGUUAUAUGUUCAACGGACACUGCUGUGAUUCAAAAGCGUCAAGUAGCCGGUUCUGUGUGUAAAUUCAGGUACUUUUAUGCAAAUUCCGUAGAACUUUUUUACACCAAUCUAGUUAUUCUAUAUGUCCAUGAAUUUGCUGUGAUUCUGUUGUACCAGCAGGGGAAUCGCUUCACAGGAGAAGUAGCUGAUUGUCACAUUUGGCAUCGUAUUGGUUCCUGUUUUUUCUUUGGUAUUCAGGUAAACUCUGACAUUUGUAAUUCCUGUCUGUAUACUCUUUGAGGUGCUAUUCCAAUCUAAUUUAUUCCUGUUAGAUAUUUAAAAAGUUUUACCAGCCUAUAAGAACACCACAUUGGCCUUGCAAACUGUAUUUAAAGGAGAGGUAAUUAGAGGAUUAAACACACAAAUAAGGAUUUAUGUAUGUAUUAAGAUAAAAAAAAAAAACUUUUGUCAGUUUCUCUAAAAUACGGGUUUACUAGAGGACUAAUAUGGUUUCAUUCUCAGUUGGAAAUUAAGUAUGUUGAUGGAAAAUUCGAUAUUUGUUGUUUUUUCCAGCUAAAUCAUUGGUGCGGUUUCUAUGAUACACCCGGAAAACAGACAUUGUCGUUUUUUUUUAUGUUUGAAAUGGGAAAACAAUCCCAGUUUUAUACCUCUUUUGUUGUUAUGUUCUUGUUUUUUAGAUGACAGAGAAAAAUAAAUAAUUGUAAAUUGUGAAUGAAUUUAUGGGAUACACAGUGGUGUGCAUAGACGGGGUCCAGAGAGGAGGGCAGGGAGAAGUCACCAUCGGUGUUGGUGUCAGUGAAGUGCCCGUUACGGUCUGAAAAAAGUAAUACGUCCAAAGAGACACACAAUCAUAAUCUUGAAAUGCAAAAAGCCAACGAGGCCAAAUAGAUGACCAGACUGAAUGGCACCUCAGUGUUUUUCAUUUUGCCCCAAACAUCCGUCCUGAUGAGAGUCCAUGCACUGCCAGGUGGUUGAGUAUACUGCAUUUCCAGUUUAACAUGUUGAAGAGCACACAAGUUGAAACAUCACAUGAAAGGCCCAGUCGUUGUUUUUAUUUUUUCCCCAACAUUUAGACAGUCCUCCAUUAUUACACUGGACUGUAUUCAGAUGUAAUGAUUUGGUCGCUCUAGAUUAGACCUAUUUUUUUCAUUCUCAUCAUUUGCAUAGUGGUUCAGCAUUACUGCUGUAAAAGCAUAAUAAUGAAAUCCCCACAACUUUCAUAUUUUUAGCCCUGCCCUCGUUAGGUCUGUGCACACCAUUUACUGUACAUACUGUAUCUGUUUUCAGGUUCACUAAAAAGACUUCUGUAGUUUUGUUCUUUAAUCACAAACCUAAUUUGUAUAUGGUCAAAUUUGUCCACCUCAGUCAUUUUUGUUUUUUGGUUGUUGCUGUAUUAUAAUACACCCUAAAAAAAAAUAUCCUGUUUCACUCUAGUUUAAAUUACUGCAAUGGGAAUUUCUUCCCACUUUUAUACCUCUUUUUGUUGUCAGUUUCUGUUUUUUGGAUUACAGAGAAAAAUUGUAAAUUGUGACAUUAUUUAUACUGUACAUGGUUGUUUUCUUAUAUAUUUAUUGCAUAUCAAAGGUUACUUCACAUGAUAAGGGGCUACAAGGUAUUUUAAAGAUGUAGUAUGGUCAUAAUGUGUGGAUAAGGGAAGUGCAAUCAGGGGGCGGUUUAAUUUUCAUGGUGCUAGACCCCUCCUUGCCUCGAUGCCCCCUCAUUAACAGCAUAUAAUGAUAUACAGUAUGAACAUAUACAACUCAACCGGUUGGUGCUUAGAACCAUUUCAACACAGUUUGGUGGUAACAGAAAUGGAAUGAUGUCUUUGUACUGUAUCUAAGAGAUGAAUUACAAGAUCUUUUAAAAAACGUUUUUUCCAUUGUAUGAAAUUCAUAAUCUUGUGAAGCAUUAGUGGUUUUAUGAUGAGCAUUAGCAGUAGUUGUAAUUCUUGACACUUUUGCAGAGACUUUUAGGGAUGUGACUUUUGAUGAUGUUGAGGUUUCGUUUUUAUGUGUCUUGUCCUCAUUAUUAGUAUUAUUUGAAGGAUGUAAUGAUGCUCUUUUUUCCUCGACUUGUUUUGAUUUAUGCUGCACUUAUUGUUUCAAAAAGAACUCACAUAGAAGAAAACCUGAGCCAGACCUGUCUUAAAUCCCUCUGUGAUUUUUCUGUGACAUAUUGUAUUGUUGUUCAAGAAAAUAAAAAUGUUUUGAUAAAUUAUUCAA